AUGGACGCGUUGGUAGUUUUUUGGAUGUUAUUGGGCAUCACGAUUUAUUUAACCAUAGUGACCGGCAUUAAAAUGUACAAACAACUUAUUUACGACAAAAAUCGCAUUAUCCAAGACUUGUGCAAAUCCAUAGAGGAAAACGACAUUGUAACAUGCAUAGAUAUCGUAAGGAAACAUCCCCAAUACAUAAACUCGUACAACAACGACGGUUACACGCCAUUUAUGAUCGCCUGCGCAUGCGGCAACAACCCAUUGGUAACGCUCAUGUUAAACAGCGGCGCAGACGUUAAACUGAAAUCCCUCCAACAAGAAUCGCCCUUUUACCUAGCAGCAUUCUACUUGGUCAAAAAUCCACAUUACAAAAACGCCACAUGCAUAAGACAGCUCUACUACGCAGGCGCCGACAUCGACGAGCCCAAUGCCCACGGCAAAACGCCCCUUCAAAUGGCCUCCAUGUUCGGCAACAAGGACCUCGUCAAAUGGUUGCUGCUCAAAAACGCAUCUAUCACGUGA